UCUGAGAGGAAAGCAAAACCUGUCGGAGCAUCCUCCUCAGCCUCUCCAGCUGCCCCAGGAAAAGGCAAAGAGAGCAAAAGCAAAGGCAGGAGAAGGAUGGGAGAGUUCUGGGAAUUUUUGAUUGUUCUGUUGGUGAGUCUUCUAUUCCUGCACUAUGUGAAACAGCUCUGGUCCAGAAGAAACUACCCACCUGGACCUUUUCAACUUCCCAUCAUUGGAGGGAUAUGGCUGAUAGGAGCUGGAUUUUCUCAUGACAUUUUCAUCAAGCUGGCAAAGCGGUACGGGGAUAUUUACACUGUCUGGUUAGGGCAAAAACCUAUCGUAGUCUUGUCUGGAUACCAAGCUGUGAAAGAAGCAAUGAUCGACCGCAAAGAUGACUUUACAGAUCGACCAGUUGUGGCCAUAAUUAAAACAGCACUGGAGAACUUGGGUUUAGGUAUUAUAUUUUCAAGCGGUGACGUCUGGAGGCAGCACAGACAGUUUGCUCUAGUGACUCUGCGGAAGAUGGGGAUGGGGAGGCAACACAUGGAGACUCUGGUGCAAGCAGAGGCUGGGUACCUUGUGGAAUAUUGUGCUUCUACAAAAGGGCAACCUUUUGAGCCUUUCCUACCCAUCACGAAUGCAGUGUCCAAUGUGAUAAAUGGUAUAGCUUUUGGAUCCCGAUAUUCCAUUGAAGAUGAAGUGUUCCAGCAAAGGCUCGAAAACAUUGAUUUUAUUUCUAAAUACGGAACUUCUAUAACUGCAGUUUUUUAUGAAACCUUGCCAUGGUUGAUGAACUACCUUCCUGGGCGUCACCAGAAAGCAAUUCAUUUUAUCAGGAAAGAGGUUUAUUUUGCAAUGGGAGAGAUAGAGAAACACAAGGAGGAACGGAAAUGUGAACCACAGGAUAUUGUGGACUAUUACCUACUUCAGAUGGAAAAAAGCAAGGGCAACCCUAGUUGUACCUAUAAUAAAAAUAACUUGGCUCACUGUAUUAUUGACUUAUUCGCUGCGGGAAUGGAGACCACUGCCACUAGUUUGCAAUGGGCAUUACUCUUCAUGGUGGCUUAUCCAGAUGUCCAAGAUAAAAUUCACAAGGAGAUAGAAGACGUUUUUGGAUCUUCCCAAACAAUCCGGUAUCAGGAUCAGAAGAAAUUGCCCUACACAAAUGCUGUGAUUCAUGAGAUUCUUCGUGCCAAAUACGUGUUCUUCUUUGGGCUUCCGAGAGAAUGUGUGAAGGAUGUGAAGAUUCGUGGUUAUCUCAUUCCAAAGGGGACUUUUAUCAUUCCAGAUCUACGCUCCGUUCUCCUUGAUCCUGAACGAUGGGAGACACCUGAGCAAUUCAACCCACAUCAUUUUUUAGACAAGGAGGGACAUUUUAUAAAUAGAGAAGAAUUCCUGCCAUUUGGAAUAGGUGCUCGGGUGUGCCUGGGAGAGCACAUGGCCAAGAUGGAGCUUUUCGUUUUCUGUACACACCUGUUGAGGGUGUUCAGAUUUCAGCUUCCAGAAGGAGUGAAGGAACUCAAUAAAGAGCCUCUGUUAGGUUUCACAAUGCACCCUCACCCUUAUAAAGUUUGUGCCAUUCCCCGCUGUAAUUCAUCAUGAGAUCAUGGGUGCUUCUUUCUUCUUUGUCCCCUCUGGCCAAUAUUUUUUUUCUUGGCUUGCCAAAAUAGCAGCCAAAUGUGUCAUUAAACUAUUUUUUUAAAAUAAAUCACUAAUAGGUAGAACUGAGUUGAAUUGGGCAACAUGUAUUGCUCUUUUGCUGAUGGUUGAGGAAACAACUUUUUUUUUCAGGUUGGGCUAAAAUAGUCAACUUCCUUUGUGAAGAAGAAUGCAUUCCUUCCUUCCUUUUUCCCCAUUACAUCCUUGGCCACAUCAUCAACACUACAAAUCAGAAUGCUUACCAUGAUGAAUUGUAGUUUCUUCCUUCCUUCCUUUAUAGGAAACUAGAACCCAAACAUUAAAAACUAUAGCCCAUGGUUCCAUUGAGACAUACAACAAGUCCAUGUUACCUUUUCCCUUUGUCCUGUAGUAACUUUUAUGAAUUUCCCUUGGAAUGUUGUCUCAUUACACCCUGGACCUCAGGGUGUAGCCUUAUCAUAAUCCCCUUACAAUGACCCAGAACAACUCAAUUAUCAUAACAACAACAACAAUGCACUUUAUUUAUAUUCUGCUUUAUCUCCCCAGAGGGACUCAGAGCAGAUUACAAUAUACACAUAUGAGGCAAACAUUCAUUGCCUUUUACACAUAGUGAAUGCCGACAUACUACAUAGUCAAAGGUAAAGGCCUUUCCCUUUUUUCCAUCUCCGGCGUCUGGAGGCAAUGCUCAACUCUGGCUGUUGCAACCCAGAGCAGGAAACUGGACCCUAAGACAACAAUCCACCACACUUGACUUCAGGAAAAACAAUCAUUUUCAUUGAUGAAAGAUGAGUACAAAAAUAGAGGAAAACAGGCAAGGUAAAAAGCCACAGUAAAACUCAGUAACAAGAAAUGUCCAUAAACAAGAUCAAAAACCCACAGUAACACUGCUAAAUCCUGGAACCUGUUAGCAAUCCGCUAACUGUACUUGAAGUUCUAG